AUGCGAACUCGAUCGAGUCGGUCUACUGAAGACUUGGUCGAGCUAGACAUUACAACGGGUAGAAAGAGGGUUCAGAGGUCACAGAGGGUACAAGAGGAACCUGAGGUGCUUGUUGCUGAUACAAUGGAUGUACCAGAGGGGAAUGGAAACCCUUUGGGUAAUGGACUCGGUCGAGCUAGGCAAACUCGACCGAUUGGUCAAGGAGAUGCUCCAAACCGCCACCAACAGAGACAAGGGAUUGUUCCACCACCAGUGCAGAACCACAACUUUGAGAUCAAGCUGGGAAUGAUCAACCUUGUCCAGAACAAGAUGUUCCAUGGAUUGCCAAGUGAAGACCCCAUUGACCACCUUGAUGAGUUUGAUAGGCUUUGUGAUUUGACAAAGAUCAAUGGUGUCUCUGAAGAUGCCAUCAAGCUGAGACUCUUUCCUAUGUCUCUAGCUGACAAAGCUCACCAAUGGGAGAAGAGCUUGCCCCAUGGCACAAUCACCACUUGGGAUGAAUGCAAGAAGGCCUUUCUUGCUAAGUUUUUCUCCACCGGUCGCACAGCCAAGCUUAGAGGAGAGAUAUCCAGCUUCAUCCAGCGAAACAAUGAGACAUUCGCAGAGGCUUGGGAGAGGUAUAGGGAGAUGCUAGACACAGCUAGCAAUGGGAACUUCCUCAACCAGGAUGUAGAUGAUGGCUGGCAACUUGUGGAGAACAUAGCUAACUCAAAUGGAAGCUAUGGAGAAGAGUAUGAUCGCACCAACCGGAGCUCGACCCACCACUCGAUCGAGUCAGACGAAAAGUUGAGAAAAGAUGUUAAGGCAUUGAAUGAGAAGUUGGAUAAGCUGAUCCUAGCUCAGUCCACAAUGAAGAAAGUCAACUUUGUGUCUGCUGAGGAGAUGGAACCAGUCCAAGAAGGGGAGGAUACACAAUUUGCUGAGGUGUGCUACAUGAGCAAUGGGCAAGGAGGUUACAACAAAGGAUACUAUAACUACAAGUCCAACCCUGCCAUGUCAUACCGCAACACUGAUGUUGCUAACCCUCAGGACCAAGUAUAUCCUCAACAACAAGCAGCUCGAUCGAGUCAGCAACUACUUCAAGGGCAAGCUGAUGGGGUAGUGGACACAAGCAAGAAGCUAGCUGAAAUAAACUCUAAGAUCGAGAACCUCAACACAAGGGUUUACUCUCUGGAGAAUCAUGCUUCUUCUGUUGCUGCUGCUACAAAGCAAGGACAACUACCUGGUAAAGCUAUUCAGAACCCCAAGGAACAGUGCAAGGUCAUCUUCACUCAAGAAGGACUUGUUGAAGAAGAGGAUCAAGAAAGGGUCAUUGAAGAUUUUUGUUUACUGCUGAAUGAUGAAGAGAUUGUUGCUGCUGAGGCUCCUGGAGUCCAGAUUGAUCAACCAGAAGUGCAUGCACCUACUGUGGCCAUUCACACUUCACCAGUUGAGCUCGCACGACAAGCUCGAUCGGCAGCUCGAUCGAGUCCAACUCUAGCUCGAUCGAGUCCGACCUCUUCUGUCCGACAGCCUGUUUUGCUUGAUCCUUAUCAACCGGUUGCCGCUUCCUCGUCUCGCCUACUUAGUCAAGGAUGUUCUGCCAACAGUGAUAAAGUUUCAGAGGUCCUACAAGAGUCUACUCAUCAGUUCAACCUGCUUACUUCACCCACCUUCCUACCAAAGGUCAAGGAUCAAGGGAAAUUCACUCUCCCUUGCACACUUGGGCAUCUUGAGAUUGACAAUGCCUUAGUGGAUUCUGGAGCAAGCAUCAAUCUGAUCUCUCUCUCCAUGGCAGAGAAGCUAGGCAUUGCUGGAGCCUUGCAGCGCCCUACUACUUCAAUCAUGUUUGGAGAUGCAACUUCUAAGUCUCCUCUUGGAGUGUUCAAGAACUAUCACUUGAAAAUUGGAGAAUGCAUCAUCCAAACUGAUCUCACUGUGAUGGAAAUGGAAGAAGAGAAGGAUUUGCCUCUGUUAUUGGGAACCCCUUUCCUUAGUACAGUUGGCGCUUCAAUAGACUUUCACAAGCAAGAAGUGAUCCUUCACAAGGUGAAUAGUUUGGUGUCAUAUCGCUUGCAGCCUAGAGGUUCAGACUUUUGUGCCACAAUUGACAGUACCAAUCUCAGUUCUAAGAGUCAUGGAGCUACAAAGGUUGUGAAGGAAAGGGUUGACAAGGAACCAAGAGUUGGGAAGGAUAAGGAUGAGAGAGGACCAAGGAUUGAGAAGCCACGUCUUGAGAGGGCUAGAGUUGAGAAACCACGAUCUGAUAGGCCAAGAGCUGAGAGACUUGUUCAAGCCCCUUGUGUGCUUGAUGAAGAGAGCCUUCAAGCUUUGUUUGAUGAGCCACUAGGAAGGGCUCUAAAAGAAGGGGAGGAUGCAGCCUCUAAGGCAAGACCAGGAGAUAAAAGAAAGGAUCCACCAGCUCAGGCCCCUUCAGUCAAGCCAUCUCAGCUCACAAUGACUUUGUUCCCCACCAAGUUUGAAAAUGGGAAGAUUGAGUACAAGAUAAGGUACAAGGGGAGAUCAAGGCCAUUCUCUAGAGCCAAGGCCUUGGUGACUUCAGAACAGUCCAGGGACCCAACCAAGCUAAAGGAGCUUCUGUCUCAAGUCCUCACUAUCACCCUUGAUGGUGGGACUAGCUCAACCAAUGCCUAA